ACCCCCUCUCCAUGCAACAAACCCAACUCAUUACUACAAAGGCAAAGAUCAGCUCAUUCCAAAUCUCUGUUUCAGUUCCAUCAUGACGCAUCUCAUUCUGUUGCUCGGAAUUCUGACUGUAGCAUACUUUAGUGGUUCUCAAGCUGAAAAUGCCUUCUUACAAUAUUGGGAAGAGCAUAUUGGUCUUCCACACCCUCCACAGUGGUUAGUUGAAAAGACUUCUUCAUUAAACCCCCAUCAAGAGGCAGUGUUUAUGAAACUUAUGGAGAAAAAUGAAUUGCCUUCCCACCUGCAUUCAUUUUGUAAGCAGGCUAAUAUUGGAUGUUCUACAAAUGCAUUGGUGAAGAAGGCAACAGACAACUCAAUCUUGCCACCAAUGGCCCAAUGGAAUGAAGCCAAACUGAAAUAUGAUUUUCCUAAUGAAAUACCCCUUUCGGUUGCCAGCCAAGGAGGAUUGCCAUAUUUCCAGAAGUCAAUGGUGAAAGAGGGAAGUGUCAUGCCCAUCCCUGACCUAAGGGACCCAAUGUCAUAUAAAUCAUUCUUGCCGCGAUCUCUGGCAUCAAAAAUCCCAUUUUCCUUUGCCCGGAUUGAGGAAUUAAAGAAGCUUUUUGGUGUGGUAGAUGAAUCAAGCAUGGACAAAUAUAUUCAAGACACUCUCAAGAUAUGUGAGAAGAGCCCCAUUCAAGGUGAGAAGAGGACUUGUGUGACUUCUGCAGAGAAUCUCGUCGAUUUCGUCGUUGAGGAAUUAGGGCAUUAUUUACACAUAUGGAGUACUGAAAGCAUCGAUGGAUCUUAUGAGAAUGUCACAAUUGGAGCUGUGAAACUCAUAUAUGGAAAUCUUUCUGAAUCACCAGCCUUAUGUCAUAGCCAACCAUUCCCAUUUCAAGUCUAUUAUUGCCAUGUUUUACAGAAAGUAAAAGUAUAUGCAGUUGUUAUACAUGCUCAUAAGAAAGUGAAUCAUGUGAUCAUGGCAUGCCACUAUGACACAUCAACUUGGAAUUCAAAUCAUCUUGCUUUUAAGUUGCUAGGUUUUGGCCCAGGCCAAAUUGAAGUCUGUCAUUGGAUAAAUGAGAAUGGAAUUGUCUGGACAAAGACUGUUGGUUGAGAAGCAAUUGAAGAUUUGAUUAGCUUCCAGUUCUCUUAUUUGUAUUA